CUGAAAAUGAUUCCUAACAAUUAUUCUGCUUUUGAAUCGCCAUUUCUUCAGCAACACAAUGAUCCUUCCUCUGCGUCUCUCAUGAAUAAUAAUAAUAAUUCCUUCUUCAAGACCACCUCUACUUCUAACCCUAUCGGCGACGUCACCGCUUUGCCGGAACAUGGCGUUCGUUGUAACUCCGGCGGUACGGUGCUUUCCAGUGAACGGCAUGAAAACACCAUGAAACCAGGUGGUAGUGAUGGGGCUGAUGUUAACACUGCUGCAGAUCAGUCUGUGGCACGUGAAGGGAACGCGCCACCUAGAUGGAGGAGUUACAGAGGCGUGAGGCGUCGGCCAUGGGGGAAGUUUGCUGCGGAGAUCCGGGACCCAGCGAGGAACGGCGCGAGAACGUGGUUAGGGACUUACGAGAGGGAAGAGGAUGCAGCUUUGGCUUAUGACAGAGCCGCUUUCGAGAUGAGGGGUAGAAAAGCAAAGCUCAAUUUUCCUCACCUCAUUGGGUCGGAACCACCACCGCCGGAGCCGACAAGAGUAGUCGCCCACCAGAAGCGGCGACACUCGUCGGAACCUUCAUCACGGUCGCCAGAGAAGAAUGAUGAUGGAUCUCAAGGGUCAAGUAAGAAGAAGAGCCUGGUUGGUCUGUUGAAUAAGUUAGCAACCAAUAGAAGCCACGUUAGAAGCUUGAAAUGAUCGUGUUGAUGAAGGCAUAACAUGGGUCUUUUCCUCCAUUUUUUUCUCUUCCAAUAAAAGCAAAAUCAUUCAUCUUGGUUAUUCCUUUAUUGUUCUAUUAAACGUCUACCUCCAAUUACAUCCAAGUGCCAAGUCGGCAACAUAUUUGAACAAAGUUUUGGGCACACCCUUUCUCUCCUAGGGUUUCCAUUCCCUUGUGAGAGUAAGUCACCGGCGGCCAAGCUUGCAGAGUGUGCUUCGCCAGGGGUUUCUCUUUCUCCCUUCCCUCAUCACCGGAGGGCACUACUCCUGAUCGGCGAGUCGUGUUCCUUCGACCCAUGGCUCGGAGCUGUGGUUUGGUUUUGGUGUGGGUUAAGGUACGGUGUGUGUGUGAAGGAAAUCAGGAGAAGAUGUGAAUGAUUUGGGUCUGGAUCGGGAAAUCAAGAGAUGCGAACUUGUGGUAACGUGUGGACUUCAAGCUUGGAACAAUCUCUUCGUUUGGAUUUGGCUAUGCGCAGAGAAACUGUGGAGAUUCCUUGAGGGUGCCGGGAGCGAAGAUUCCAAAAGGCAGUUACUGGUUGGUGUGCUCGAAAGAUUGGGUUAAAAUCCUUGUUGAUGAUCUCUCAAAUCUCUCGAAGGCUAGGAAACAUGUUCUUGACUUUUUGGUUCUUUGUUUUGUUUUGUUUUUGUUUGCGGGGGGGCUGUUGCUGGUCUUUUUCUUCUUGAUAUUACUGUUCUUCUGCGAUCUACUCUAUUUGCUG